UCGUGAUGAGGUGAAGACUCGAUGGAGUGUUUCUGACUUCAUCAAGGCAUUCAUUAAAUUCCAUGGCCAUGUGUACCUGAGUAAGAGCUUGGAGAAGCUGAGCCCUCUUCGAGAAAAGCUGGAAGAACAAUUCAAGAGGUUGUUGUUCCAAAAGGCCUUCAACUCUCAGCAGUUAGUCCAUAUUACUGUUAUCAACCUGUUCCAACUGCACCACCUGCGAGACUUCAGCAACGAAACGGAGCAGCACAGCUACAGCCAGGACGAGCAGCUCUGCUGGACACAGCUCCUGGCUCUCUUCAUGUCAUUUCUUGGAGUUCUGUGCAAGUGUCCUUUACAAAAUGACUACCAGGAGGACUCUGGGGCUGCAUAUCCUCUUCCAGCUGUGAAGGUUUCCAUGGAUUGGCUGAAACUCCGUCCCAGUGUUUUCCAGGAGGCAGUGGUGGAUGAGAGACGGUACAUAUGGCCCUGGCUGAUUUCUCUUCUAAACAGCUUUCAGCCUCACGAAGAGGAUCUCUCCAGUAAUAAUGCAACCCCCCUUCCAGAAGAAUUUGAGUUGCAAGGAUUCCUGGCUCUGAGGCCCUCGUUCAGGAACUUGGAUUUUUCCAAAGGCCACCAGGCAAUUACAGGGGAUAAAGAAGGGCAGCAGCGUCGGAUCCGGCAGCAGCGCCUGAUCUUCACAGGCAAAUGGAUUGCUGAUAACCAGCCAAGGUUGAUUCAGUGUGAAAAUGAGGUAGGCAAGCUGUUGUUUGUGACAGAGAUCCCAGAACUGUUGCUGGAGGACCCAAGUGAAGCCAAAGAGAGUCUCGCCUUGCAGGAAACAUCCGUUGCAGAGCCACUGUCUGCUGAUGGGAGCCCUGGACUCAAAUCAGUUCUGUCCUCUGGCAGAAGCCUGAGCAACAACUGUGAUGUGGGAGAAAAACCAAUGGUCACAUUCAAAGAGAACAUCAAGCCAAGGGAGCUGAACAGGGAGCAAGGGCGUAUCUACCCCCCGAAGGACGUGGCGAGGGAAAGAAGGGACUUUAGCAAAGGAUUAGUAGCCAGUAAGAAUGAUGGGAAGAAGGAUAACAAUAAGAGAAAGAAUGAGACCAAGAAAUGUGGCUUGGAUAAGAUGCAGGAAGCAGGGAAGCAGAACGUGGCAGUUCAGGUGAAAUCCCAGACGGAGAUGAGGAAGACUCCGGUGUCUGAAGCCAGGAAAACACCUGUAACUCAGACUCCAAGUCAGGCCAGCAGUUCCCAGUUCAUCCCCAUUCAUCACCCAGGAGCCUUCCCUCCCCUUCCUAGUCGACCAGGAUUUCCUCCUCCAACCUACGUUGUCCCCCCUCCUGUGGCUUUCUCCAUGAGCACGGGGUACACCUUCCCAGGUGGUGUUUCUGUCCCAGGAACCUUCCUCCAGCCCACAGCUCACUCGCCUGCAGGAAACCAGGUGCAAGGUGGGAAACAGUCCCACAUUCCUUACAGCCAGCAACGGCCCUCUGGACCAGGGCCAAUGACCCAGGGACCUCAGCAAACACCACCUCCUUCCCAGCAACCCCUCUCAUCUUUACCAGCUCAGGCAACAGCACAGUCUGCAAGCCAGUUACAGGUCCAAGCUCUGGCCCAGCAGCAGCAGCAGCAGUCCCCCACGAAAGCUGUGCAGGGCCUGGGGAAGAGCCCACCACACCACUCCGGAUUCCAGCAGUAUCCACAGGCAGACUCGUCAAAGCAGCUCUGGAACCCCCCUCAAGUCCAAGGCUCCCUGGGGAAGAUCAUGCCUGUAAAGCAGCCCUAUUACCUGCAGGCCCAGGACCCUCUCAAACUCUUUGAACAGUCAUUGCAGCCUCCCGUGAUGCAACAGCAACCUCUGGAGAAAAAAAUGAAGCCUUUCCCAAUGGAGCCAUAUAACCAGAACCCCUCAGAAGUCAAGGUGCCAGAAUAUUACUGGGACUCUUCCUAUGGCAUGGCUGACAGCAGGGUGAUGGCCCAGCAGUCAAACAUGGACCGCAGGGGAAAGCGGCAAGGAGUCUUCCGCCCAGAGCAGGAUGCUGUCUCCAGGAUGACCUUUGAGGACCCCAAGAGCUCCCCUCUGCUCCCUCCGGACCUGUUAAAGAGUCUGGCUGCCUUGGAGGAGGAGGAAGAGCUGAUUUUCUCUAACCCUCCUGAUCUUUACCCAGCUCUGCUGAGGCCUCUCGCCUCUCUUCCUGGACGAAGCCUCUUUGUAUGUAUUUUGGAAAAACCAUCAGAAUUGAUGUCUCAGUCAUCAUCUUUCCUGUCCCUCAGUGGCUUUUCUCUUAAUCAGGAAAGAUACCCAAAUAACAGCAUGUUCAAUGAGGUGUAUGGGAAAAACAUGAAUACCAGCACAAAAACAGAAGUCACCCCUUCAGUUGCCCACCAGGAGACUUCACUCUAUUCUCUCUUUGAAGGGACUCCGUGGUCUCCAUCCCUUCCAGCCAGCUCAGAUCAUUCAACACCAGCCAGCCAGUCUCCUCACUCCUCCAACCCCAGCAGCUUGCCAAGCUCCCCUCCAACCCAUAACCACAAUUCUGUUCCCUUCUCCAACUUCGGCCCCAUCGGGACUCCGGACAGCAGGGACAGGAGAGUCGCAGACCGCUGGAAAACAGAUAAGCCAGCAAUGGGAGGGUUUGGUCUGGACUAUCUCCCAGCAACAUCCUCCUCCUCGGAGAGCAGCUGGCACCAGUCCAGCACUCCCAGUGGCACCUGGGCAGCCCAAGGCCCUCCCAGCAUGGAGGACUCCUCAGCUGUGCUUAUGGAGAGCCUGAAGUCCAUCUGGUCCAGUUCCAUGAUGCACCCUGGCCCCUCGGCCCUGGAGCAGCUGUUGAUGCAGCAGAAGCAGAAGCAGCAACGCGGACAAGGCGCCAUGAACCCACCGCACUGAGACGGAGGAGACAACCCUGGCAACGACGGCUCCAUAAACCAUGGCAUGUUGGGUCUGCAGGACUGGCCCACACGGUCCUGUGCAGGUGGCAGCCCUCUCCUCUGUUCCUUGCUGUCAGGAGGGCGUAAGUGCUCCACCGACCCACUGAGUGUGCACAACACGUCUGCAGUGCAAGCAACCAACAUCAGGAACUCUCCCAUCCCCGGGGCCCUUCGGAGGGAGAGAGGAACUG